AUGAAUUUGACUGAGGAAGUAACAAAAUGUCCGGAGGAGUGCAAUGGACGUUGUGAUAACGGAGCGCUAGAGAUGAAUGACGAGGAUGACGAAGAAGAUGAUGACUAUGUUAAAGUGCUGGAAACUUUUGCACAACGCGCUCGGCUAACUGGCGAGGAAUUGAUACCAGACGAUGCCUGUUGUGCCAAGUUUAGACGCUGGUUGAUCAAAGCGCUACGUUCUUUAGGAUUCAAUAUCCUUAUCAUCGUUUUGGCUUCGGUGGAUGCAGCUAUUCUGAUGACUGUGCUACUGUUGGAAAUCGAAUCGUUGAAACUGGGCGUAAGUUUGUGA